GUCUGCUGAAACUACCAAAGAGGAAAACCAGACGUCUCCACCUGUGCAAGUUGGAUGGCUAAUUUUAGCUCAUGGUAAUGGCUACAGAGAUCCUGGAGCAAGAAUUUUGGAGUAAGGACUGUCCUGUAUGUUUCAGAUGUCCAGUAAUGAUACCGUAAGUGCUAACAGUGAUAACCAAGUCAUCUCUUAAAGAAAGAAAAAUAAUCUACUGAUAAUCACAUCUCAAUACUCAGGACAGUAGAAUGAAAGAGAGAAUACUGUCACUUUUUCUUCAAUUAAAAUAAAAGGGGGGAAAAGAGCCAUCCAUUAAACUAAAACCAAACCUGUUGCCAAGCUAAUUAUUACGAAGGUGAAGCCAGUAUAGUUGACUUCAGUUAAUGUCAAGAAUAUGUUUAAUCUGCUCAGAGAGAAAGUCAGGCUAGUCAGGGGAAUCUGACAGAGCUUGUUUUGGUCCUGUUCUGAAUACCUGCAAAAUCUACUCUUGCUGAACUUGAACUGACUUCAGAACUGGGCAGAACUUCGUUUUUAGAAACUGUCACGCUGACUUUACUUCCUGUAAGUUCUUUCUCGGAAAGCUGUUUUAGCUCAUGAGAAUAGAAUGGCCAACAGAAAUAAAGCAACAUACUUCUGGGCCCAUGUUCUAUUGUCCCAUCUCACAAGUUCACAGUGAUGGAGAGAUUGCAAGGAUCUGCAAAGAAUGCAAAAAGGAAAGUUUCUGGUACAGAGCUCUUCCUUUGUCUCUUGGGAGCAUGCUUGUCACCCAGGGACUAGUCUCGAAAGGCAUUUUGUCAGCAAACCCAAAACUUGGAGCAUUACCUAAGAUGGCAAUUGCUGGUGUCUUAGGCUUUGGCAUAGGAAAGAUGUCAUACAUAGGAGAAUGCCAAAAAAAGUUCCAGAAAAUUGGUUAUGGUCCAAAAAAAACAAGGCAUUGCCAUCACACUUGCAAAGAAUGUGAAGCGAAACUGAAAUCAAAGGAGAAAGAAGGCUCAAUUCCUUCAGCAUCUUAGUCCCAGAUCUGGUGAAGAUAACAAAAAUUCUACAGAUCAGCCUCUUCUUUCAAGUCUUUAUUUUGCAGAAAAGACAUAAUGUCUUUAGUUUAGUGUAAAUCACCUUACCUGAAGUAGCUCCAUAAUCUUAGCAUGGUUCUGUCCAUAGUAAAAAACAGUUUCUCGUAAUGUACUUUUUAGCUUCUCCUCUCUGUUCUCAGCAUGUGCUUUUUUUUUUUUUUCCUCCCUUCAAUGCAGUUUAGCACUUAGUGCUGAAAUAGUAGAGUUGAGAAAGAAACCUGAGGGUACGUUCUGUAUACAAACAGGAGGACAUACAAAAUUUCAUGAUGUAUCUCAGCAAAUCAAGAGCAGACGCUUCCUCAAACACGGUGACGGUGUUGACUUGAAAACCAAAAGCACAGCUUCUGAAAGGCUGGCUUCACGGUCAGUCGGUAAAGCCUGUCUUCUGUGGUUUUGGUUGGUGGGUUUUUGUUCUACGCUGUGCCUACAGUUUGUGUUCCCUCUUGAACUACCUGAACACAAAAAGACUCUGCAAGCAGGAAGUACAGAAUGUAGAAGUAGAAAGUAACUAUUAAUUGGUUACAACGAACAAAAGAUAUUCCAGAUUUAACAAGCUGUUAGACUGAAUGCUCGCCACCUUGAUAAAGGCAAACUCUCAGAGGUCGUUCCUGUGGUCACCGUUACCUCCUGGGGGCUACUGGAUGGGUGAAGACAGCUUCGCUACUUAAUCGUUGCUUUACAUGUAACUUUGUUCAGGUUCCCUAUUACUUUGCUGUAAUAAAUUUACUGUUAUACAAAAAUUG